ACCAGACCACCUCCCCAUUUAUUUUCUAAUGCAGGUAAUAGAGUCUGACGAAAAUACAUAUGUUAGAAUGGCCUGCAUCGUAUUUCAAAGGAACAAGUACCACACAGUUUCUCAGGGAACAUCACUUGUAUUUAUGAAUGUCCACUACUGAGAGACAAAACAUGUCAUGAGCUACUGGAUGGGUUUUACUGAAACUCUCAAAACAUCUUUAGAGAUCUACAACUCAUUAUUAUCAAUAGGAAUCCAUUGAAUUCAGUGUGGCUGCCUCUGGAAACUAAUGUUUUGAACACAAAAAUUAUGAUUAAAUCAAACAAAAGAGUGCUGUCACACUUAUAUACAAUUAAAAAUAAUGUGAUGGUUCAAAUAAUUCUUUGAUCCUAUUAUAUUUGGUUGUUUUUUUUAUUUUAUUUUUGUAAAUAAUUCAUUCAGACUGGAAGCUGCAUGUUUCUUGGUUUAUAAAAAUCUCAUCUGCAGACUUGAUCCUAUUUAAUCUGGUUUGGUUUGGCUAGAAUAGCAGCUGCUGUAACAAGAAUAUCUCAGGAACAAAACUCCUCUAAACUAAAAGAUAGAUUCAGCUACCACAGACAUUUGCAUCAGCUACAGCUAGAUGUUCUCCACAACAGGCUGUUUCCAGUUAGGCAUCCAUGGACAACAAAAAGGGGCCAAUGAGUUCCUACAAUUCUGGGAAUCUGGUUUUCUGGUCCUCGUCAUUUCCACGGCAACCAGCCAGGGUCCUGAUUGUGGAAGCGCUGCCGCCGUGGUGGUCGGAGACCUUCUCGGUGCUUUGUGAUGCCCUGGAGAAUGUUCUGUCUCUGGCCUGCAGUCUGGAUGGACCCUGUAGGAUCCCUUUGCUCAGCCUGUACGCCGUCAGCAGGCAGCAGGAGUGUCUGUUGCCAUUCGUGCAGGUUCGCGGUAAUUUGGCCCGGCUGCACUCAUGCGUGGAGGAACUGAGGUCUAUUCCAGCUGAAGGAUGUAUCAGAGGAGCAGCUAGGGUCGGUGAUCUGCUGCAACAGGCGGUGCUGGACAGCCUGCAGCAGUUUAAGCAGUACAUCAGACACAGGAGCACGGGCAAUCACGGCUCCAACAAUGCAUCUGUGGAGGUUACCAUAGUGACCAGCCAGGCAGGACACAGGAUUGUUCGCCAGCUUGAAACUGGACUCAAAGAUUCUGACCUGGUGUCUCUGAAGCGGCUCCUGGUUGUUCAGGUCUUUGGUGGCGGGGACUGGAGCCAGGACUCUCACUCACCUGAAGCCACACAGACAGAAGACUCGUUGAUGCUGGGGACAGAGGUGGACCUGCAACAGGUAGAGAACAACGUGUUCGCCAUGGAAACCGUGUUAAAGGCGUGGCUUCAGGAGCAGGGAGGAGAUGCUGAGCAUCUUCACCUUCUGCUGCCAAGCUCCUCUGAUAGUCCACUUCCAGUGUGCUUGAAGUGUGACAUGCAGGAGCGUCUUAUAAGCCCCGCCCUCGUCCCCGUGACCCCCAGCCUGGGAGUGAAGACUGAGAGCAUUCAAAACUUCCUGCCCGUUGUCAGGGGCAAUCAAAGUCCAGCUCCACAGAGACUGAAAGUAGUCAAGGUGCUGCAUGCAGAUGGAGUGUGUGAGAGUGUGUUGUAUGGUCUUCCCCUGGUGAUCCGCCCUACCACCUGCUGGCGGCUGGACUGGGAUGAGAUGGAGACCAACAGCAGCUUGUUCCAUGCUCUCUGCCACACACUCCGGAGCCGAGACUUAUUCCUGCUGCUGCAGGUGGAGUCUGAUAGGUCCGCAGCUGCAGGCUCAGGAGUGUAUUCUCACUAUAUCCUCCAGUCCUCCUCAUCACUCUCCCUCCUCCUGAAACCCGUUGUCUCCAGAGAGCUGCUGCUGCCCUGCUCUCUGCUCGUCUCAAACCAGGAGCCCGCUCCCAGCGCCCUGCACACUGUACAGGGUUGUCUAUCUCAGCUGGACGAGGAGUUUGUGUUGAACCCACUGUUGCUGAGCAGCAACCUGUACCAGCACCUCAGGAGCAGAGGCCUGCAGGCACCACCACGAUACCCCUACAGGUCAGCAUCUCCAGGACUUCAGUCAGCAGCUGCUAAGAGAGGCCAGCAGCCUCAGACCCUGGAGAGUCCUCGACAGCCAGUCAGUCGACACCUGCGGCAGCCACAAACCCGCCAGCUGGGAUCCAACACCAGGGUCAGGGCCACCGUGGCUCCGCUGCCCUCUUCCUACGUGGGACCUCCUCCUGCCAAGGCGUCCCGUCCUGCCCUGAGCUUCCUUAGCGGCAGCCGCCGGCCCCCGACUCAGCAUAAGGAGCAGGAUGAUGACAGUGACUCUGUACCUACACUGUAAGAGCCAUGAGACGUAACAGAAGGGGGGUGGGGGGAUGGGGGGGCACACACUCGGUUGAUUAAAGAUAAAAGCCGUGCAUAGGCACAAUGUGGUCACACUUUGUUCUGGGAAGCUCUCUUGGUCCUACGAAGGUGAGCAUGGUUUAAUAAAAUUAGGAAACUUUCAGUCUACCGCCCUGUGUAGACCGCUGAGACAGCAGAGUUGAAAAUUGCAUCCAUAAACAAAAACAAAAAGCUGUGCGAAAGAUGAAAAGAAGGGAAACAGCAGGACAAUGAGGGCUUCCUGUGUUAAUGACAACAGGAGGCUGAAGCAGGAGAUCAGAGGGAGGUUAGAGCUCGUGUUCCUGCAAGCAGGAGCAAACUCACGUCUCCAACACGCUUAGUUUUAGGCUAGACUGAUGCCAUCUACACAAGACAGGGUUCUAACGUGUGUGAGAACACACACAUGCAGCCAGCUUCUAUGUUUAAAUGAGAGAAUAAAGGAGAAAAUGGGAGGGGGGGGACUCUCUGCUCGCCGGGGGGAUGAAAGGCAUCGUGGGUAGGGGGAGGGAGAGGAGGUGCUCCUGUAAAAAUGAACAAGUUCGCAUGUCGUGUGUUUGUGGGUCAAAAGGUUCAUUUGCGUUCACACAUUUCUGACUGAUCCAUACGCAGAUGCGAGUCAGUUAGCUAUAGUCUUUGUUUCCUCUUCUUCCUCACACUCACACACACACACACACACACACACACACACACACACACACACACACACUCGGGCCUAAUCAGCCUCCCGCCAUUCCGCCCCCUUGUUGAACUUUAGAACAUUCUGGAGAACCCAACGCCGAAUGACUCCUGUGAUGCAACGGGACUUCUGCAUUCACUAAUAAAAGAUCCACAACGAAGCUUUUGUCCUGAAACAGAAAACACACGAACCUCAAAAACUGACAUUUUACCCACAUUUCUUCCCUCUCUCUCUCUCUCUCUUCCCUUUCACUUUUUCAAUGCUAAGAGUCAUAAAUGUGUUCAGACAGAACAGCAGCAGCUUUUCUAUUCCAGAAAAGGCCAAAAGGUGAGUGUGGGUGUCCUCUAACAGACACACUCCUAAUUAAAUGUGUGUUUUAGAACCCAACUUUCAUUUUUCACACUUGUUUAGAACAACUGCUGGGUUCUUAGUCAGCAGUUGUUCUUUAUGAUUCACACCACACAAAUGUUCACUCCCUUGUGUUCCUGUUCACUUUGUGUUCAUGUCAAGUUCUUCAUGUGAGUUGUCUUGUUUUGGUCACAGAGGAAGUAGGUGUGUCGUGUGUUCACUCUGUAAACUCGGCACCAGUUUGGAGCCUGUUCAUGAUGUUCUAUAGCUUCUGUAACUGGAUCUAAUAAAGCAUCUUCUGGUGGAAGGUUUGUCAGACGAAUGUUUUUGUUACAUUAAGAUGCUGCUGGAGAAACAAGGACAUCUAACCACCUUUAACCUUUAACCGCCCACAGAUGUUCCUACUGAAUGUAACUGUGGCAUGAUGCUACACCUCCUGAUAGAGCUGCAAAUGUUACAUCAAUGGCUUUCUUGUGAUUUUUAUCAAUGGUCUUGAACUGAAGAGUGUUUUAGACUUUGGCUAGCCUGGUCCAUAGUAGGGGUUGUAUCAACUAAUCGACUUCACUGCUCUGUAGUGACUUUUUAUGCCUUUCAUCGACUAGUCGCUGUCACAUGAUAAUGACUGACAAGAUGCAGUCCUCGGAAAAGACAGCAGGUGACGAGCCCCUGCGCGUUGGGAGGCCACGCGGAGUGCCAAAGCGUCGGUAUAUGACGCCCGCUGUAAAAUGGACAUUUGACCGAAUUGUGACCUUUACCCUCUAGCAAUUUAACCUUCCCCUCACCCCCAUCCUAACCUUAACCAGCUUGCUCAUGCAAAGCUCUGAUCGAUGACGCGCUCCAGACAUCUGCGUCCUGAACACGGCCACAGUAACAUUAUCAAAUUAGGUGUUGCCACCUCAAAAACUAAUUUCACACGCGAUCGUUCAUGUCGGCUCAUUUCCUUUUAUCUGUGCCUGAUGCGUUUCGCUGCUGCGGAAUGGAGCCCAUCACCUGUUUUGUCCUCCGGUGACGCACCUCACUGGUGCGGCCGGCGCGCAGCGUGCACUCCGCUGUUUUUUGCGGUCGGUAGAUCUUUUAGAACUGCAGUUCAAAGGUAACUCAUAAGGUCAAGAUAUAUGAAGCCAGGUAGCAGUUUUUCUUCAGGUGUAUGACAUCAUCAACGACUAGUCAAAGUCGACUCGAUUUUCAUUACUUGACUGUCGACUUUAAAAAAAAAUUAAGUCAUGCAACCCCUAGUCCAUAGACUGAUCUCAGUCGUAGGGUGGAGUUUUCUUUUAAACUAUCUCUGCACACAAUUGGACAGAACUAGGACCAAUCAGAGCAACAGACAAUGUCCACCAUAGAAGAACAUUUAUCUGCUCAUUUCUCCAGGAAAAGCCCAAGUCUAAAUCAUCUAAAGUUGAUGCCACACUGUUUUAAAUGAGCACCGUUUCUGAGCCACUUUUGUAGUUCAUGCCUUAGCUAGGUAUACUUGUGCAGCUCUACCAUUCUUAAGCCCACCAAAAGUCUCUCUACGAACAGAGCGCCGUGAUUGGCCCCACCUAAACUUAGCUGAGCCAAUAGUAGACCUGU